AUGUCUUCAAUAAAUACCUUAAUAAUUAUUUUUAUCUACUUCAUUUUUGUAUUAUUUCAAUUCAAUACAUGUCAAGAACAAUGUAGUGAACAUGGAGAAACUUGCGAUAACAUUAAUUCAAAAUGUUGUAAAGGGCUAAAUUGUAAAAAUGAAAGAAUAGAAGAUUCAAGAAUAAUAGGGGACGUAUUUCAAUAUAGAUGUUUUUAUGCUGGUUGCGUUCACGACGGGAAUUUUUGUGACGAUAAUGGCCGGAUGUGUUGUUUUGGUUCUAAAUGUGAUAAUUCUGUGUGUAGAAAAUGUACAAUUAAUUCGUUAAAAUGUUCCAAGAAUGGUGAUUGUUGCUCUGGAAUAUGUAAUGGGGGUCUGUGUAUACCUUAUACACCAAUCCAUUAA